CGAAGGUAGCAAGCGGCUGGCAAAGCAGCCUCUCUUUUUUGCCGGAAACAUUGCGGCGUAAGAGGCAGAGUGAGUCUAGUGCCGCAGUCAUUCAUUUGCAGCCUGCCGACUGGAUAGUGCCCUGCAAGAGCAAGCAGCCCCUGCGGUCUCACACUCACACAGUGCUUGUGGUGUUCGCUCCGUCGACGCACUCCGGAGCCAUGGCGAAGGCUCUCUGGACUCGCACGGCCCUAGCGGCCUGUUUACUUAUUUUGCUAAGCCUUGGCUCCGACGCCGACGCCGUCGAGGGAGGACGCAGCAGACAACGUGCUUCCACGCCCAAGCGAAAGAAAGAAUCAAAUAGUGCCAAAUCAGACUUGGCAGCUUCGGCAUCGUGGUGGAAUGGCCACGAGAGCGGCGGUGGCGACUUCUUCAGCGGCAGCCACGGCCUGAUCCAGAACCACCCUCUGGGCAGCGCCCCCAGCGCCAUCGGAGGCCUUUCUUCGGCCUUCAGCGGCAGCGGCACCGGCGGUGGUUCGGGCUUCGGCUUUGGGCCUAGCUCGCACUUUGGAUGGGAUCCGCUUACGGGCGUCGGCGAGGAGGCCGACGAGCUGCAGAAGAACCCGGCGCUGUCCUCGCCCGAGGAGUGUGCCAGGGCGUGCAGAGACGGCGAGCCACCGCGCACCUGCUACUUCAAGAUGGUCGCCGAGAACUACAUGACCCUUGGCGCUGCUUGCGCUCUUUGCUCUCCCAACGCCACCAACGGCUGCCAGUGCGUGUUGGCUGACGGCGUCGAAAGAGGCGUGUUGACCCUCAACAGACAAAUUCCUGGCCCUUCAAUUCAGGUUUGUGAAGGCGACAGAGUCAUCAUCGACGUCGACAACCGCAUGCAGGGUAUCGAGCUGGCGAUCCACUGGCACGGCCAGCACCAGCGCGGCACUCAGUACUACGACGGUGUUCCUAUGCUCACGCAGUGUCCCAUACCUGAAGGAACCACCUUCAGGUACCAGUGGAACGCUGACCAACCGGGAACGCAUUUCUACCACGCCCAUACAGGAACGCAAAAACUUGACGGUCUCCAGGGCUCAAUGAUCGUCCGUCAGACGCCUUCACGCGAUCUGCACAGCCACCUGUACGACUUCGACCUGACCAACCACGUUGUGAUGUUGCAAGACUGGAUGCACGAAGAUUCCACCGAACGUUUCCCCGGACGCCUGCAGGUACGUCCUGGACAGGAUCCGGACACGAUCCUGAUCAACGGCAAGGGUCAGUUCCGCGACCCGCAGACCGGCCUGAUGACCAACACCCCCCUGGAGGUGUUCACCGUCACCCCUGGACGCAGGUACCGCUUCCGCAUGAUCAACGCCUUCUGCACCGUGUGCCCCGCUCAGCUGACCAUCGAGGGCCACCCUCUGACCGUGAUCGCUUCCGACGGAGAACCCGUCCAGCCUGCUCCGGUCAACACCAUCAUCUCCUUCACUGGAGAACGCUACGACUUCGUCAUCAACGCUGACCAGCCCGUCGGCGCCUACUGGAUCCAGGUGCGAGGUCUCGGAGAGUGCGGCAUCACCCGCGUCCAGCAGCUCGCCAUCAUUCGUUACGCCCGCGGCCCCUAUGAACCCGUCAACAGGGCUCCGGCAUACGACUUCGGUCUUCCUCAGGGAGUGGUGCUCAACCCUCUGGACGCUGUCUGUAACACCCAGCGCACUGACGCCAUCUGCGUGUCCAACCUGAAGAACGCCAAGGAGGUCGAGGAAGCCAUCCUCCAGCAGCACCCUGAUGUCAAGAUCUUCUUGCCCUUCCGAUUCCUCUUCCUCACUCCUGAGCAGGCUUUCAGGCGAAAUUCUUAUACCAGAUUCCUUGUUGCCCCCACUGGUGAUCACGUCGUGUCUUUGGUGGACAACAUCUCUUUUGUCUUCCCCAAGGCUCCUCCUCUUAGUCAGCCUGAAGACAUUCCCCCUCAACAGUACUGCAACGGUGACGAUAGACCUCCUCAGUGCGGAGACAACUGCAUGUGUACGCACAGCGUUGACAUCCCUCUGAACGCCAUCGUGGAAGUUGUUCUCGUUGAUGAAGUCCAACAACCUAACUUGAGCCAUCCUUUCCACUUGCACGGAUAUUCGUUCAACGUGGUCGGUAUUGGCCGCUCGCCCGACUCUACCAUCAAGAAGAUCAACCUGAAACACGCCCUGGACCUUGACAGGCAGGGUCUGCUGCACCGUCAGUUCAACCACCCUCCUGGAAAGGACACCAUUGCUGUGCCCAACAAUGGAUACGUCAUUCUUCGCUUCAGAGCCGACAAUCCUGGAUUCUGGAUCUUCCACUGUCACUUCCUCUAUCACAUAAUGAUAGGCAUGAACUUGGUGUUACAUGUAGGCAACCAGGCCGACUUGCCGCCGGUGCCGCCGAACUUCCCUAGAUGCGGUGAUCACUUACCCCCUAUUCAGCUGGCACACUAGCCGGCCCUCCAUUUCCGUAGCGAAUUUUGCAAUUUUUGAUACUACUUAUUAUAAUUUUAAAAAUAAUUAUGCUGUGUCCUAUUGGCUUAUAAUUUUGCGUAUUCCACCUCGCGAGACUCGCUCAUAGUCAUCCAUUUGUGCUUUCGCACGUUCCCCAUCGCCCCUCCAUUCACUCGCCUCUCAUUUUCAUCGACUCUCUCAUCUCAUUAAACAUUUCAUCUUUUUUUAUUCAUACAUCAUCUCGUCAUUUUCACUUACACAUUUUCACUUCAUUGAUUUUCAUUUUGCCCAUUUUCAUUACAAUUCACGCGACCUUUUUUUCAUUUCAAUCAUUUUCAUCUAUUUUCUCGCGCCAUCUUCAUUGCAAUUCAUUUCAUCCAUUUUCUCGCGCCAUCUUCAUUACAAUUCAUUUCAUCCAUUCCAUCAUAUUCAUUUCCACUCAUCAUCCAUUUCAUCAUCAUUAUCAUCAUUCACCUCAUUGUGCCAUCAUUUUCAUUUUUCAUUCAUUCAAUCGUGUCAUUCCAUCAUUGUUAUCAUCAAUAUUUUCAUGCAAAUCCAUCGUGUUCACAAUCAUUUCAUUACUCUAGAUUCAUACCUUCCAUUUUAUUCCCCAUCAUUUCACACUUUCAUCAACAUUUUUCAUCUCACGCUCCAUCAAUCACGAUCAUGCGCAAUCCAUUCACAACCAAAAAUAAAUCACCACUCAUCUCUUCACACCAUCGACAUUUUUUUCAUAUACCUAUCACCUUCGCCCCCAUUCUUCAUCUAGCUUCAUUUUUCAUCAAAUCUCACUGUCUCAUUCUCAUUUAGCAUCACCUUUUCAUCUCCACACUUCAUUCAUUUACCAUAACCUAAUUGGAUUUUCACUUUACAAAAUUGAUCAUCAACUCGUCCACAUCACUUCAUUCCAUUAUUUCAAUUUUCAUCAACCCCAUUCCAUCACUUUUCAUUACUCAUUCAACAUCACACUCACAAUUAUCAUUUUUCAUCACAUCAUUUCAUUUUCAUAAACAUCGUCAUUUUCAUCAUUUUAUCAUCAUCACCAUAAAAUACAAUCGCAAUCACCUCAUCAUUGCAAAAUCACAAUUCUCACCAUCAUACCUCAUUUCCCUCAUUUUGCAUUCAUUGCGAACAAUCGCGUCAACUUCAUCCCCCAUUUAUCUCAUCUUCAUCUUGUCAUUUUUCAUUUUUUCACAUCACCAUUAGUCAUUUUCACGUCAUUUUACGCCACACGUAAACUCACACAUACACGCAUACAACAUCGCAUUUCAUCUCGCAUUGCACAAGCAUCCACAAUUCACGCAAAUCAUCCUCACUACUCACAUUCCAUCAUCAUUCGCGCAAACCCAUUUAUCAUUGUCCUCAUCGAUCAUCCUCAUUAGACCUGAGACUCCGUGGUGGGAUUCCUUAAUUUUAAUUUCAAAGAAUAUUUAUUUGCCAGAGAGACUUGAUUGUGUCAAAAUGUGACGAGUCUUUUUGCAGUACGAGAAGCGCACACUUCCCACGCAGGAAGUUUUAAGCGUUUUUUUUAAAGAAAUUUGGUGAUAAAAACGUAAUGUUGUGUGUACUUUUAGCUCAAAUUUGUCAUCUGAUGCGCCAUUUAAGUGAUGUAUUUUGUAAUAUUUUAUUGUUGUAAAUAAUUCAUUUCACGCGACUUCACUACUAUGAUAAAGUAUAAAUUAGCGUGUAAGUUCACCUUCUCAAUUCUGUAAUUUUCAUCGUGUUCAUUCAUCACUGUGAAAUCACUGCAUCACCCACAACCACAAUUCACCCCGUCCAUAAUCACACAGAUUUGAGCAGGCGAACUUUUCGCAUAAAGAAUUCUAUUUUAUUCAGAGCAUAGACAUUAUAUUUUUUGAAAUCACUCAUCAAUAACCAUCAUUAGAUAGACCAUCUAGUAUUUUCGAUAGCCAACGAUUGCCAAUAUCGCCGCAUCUUUCACCCUUCAUACUCAUCAUCGAUCACUUGUCAUCCUUUCUUGUUGCUUGUUGUAAAAGUCAAUUAUUCUUAUUCUUUUCGUGUAUUUCACCUUCUAAAUAAAAAUAUAUUGUUAUACCGAAAAAA